AUGUGGUCGCCAACGUCUGCGCUCGGCAACUGGCCCGAGCAGCUCUGCCUCGGAAACGACAACUCAGUACCGCUUCGUGGAUACCUCUCCCAUAAUCCUACAUUGGAUGCCGCUCUUCAGGGCCUGAUGAUAAUUGGCCCAUCUAUUUGGGUUCUCGUCGGCGCCCCUUUUAGAAUCCAGCAACUACGGCGCUCAAAGCUCGUUGUGCUCCCAAACCGUCGCGGUUACGCCAAGAUUGCAGUAACUCUUCUGCUCUUGGUCUUGCGGAUAGCCCAUCUUUGGGAGGACGUUCCGAUGUCGCCGUGGACCUUUCGCGGCACCGAGCUGCUUUUCCUGACCAAAGACAUUGCCGUCGUCGUGCUUUCUUUCUUGGAGCACGGCAGAGCUGUUGCGCCAUCUACAAUUAUAACUGGAUAUUUGCUGCUAACAUGCUCGAGUGACGUCAUCCAGACCGGUCUCCUCUACAUAGCGAAGAAUUCAGGUUCCCUACUGAGCCUUGCUGGACUUGCGUUUGCAGCACAACUCGUACUGCUUGUGCUGGAAAGCCGGACAAAGAGGUCUAUUCUGCGCGAUCCAUACAAUAAGUUAUCUCCUGAGGAAACAACUGGUAUUAUGGGCAGGUGCUUUUUCUGGUGGGUGAAUAAAAUUCUCAAAGUCGGGUACACCAACCCAUUGUCUUUGGGCGAUAUGCCACCCUUGUCCCAAUCACUGGAUGCGGCAGAGGCGCGGAAAGCAAUGCUGGAAGAAUGGAGCAAGAGAAGAAAGCCAGAAGGCCGCUUCACCUUACUGCGAGCGCAGUGGAAAUGUCUCUGGUGGCCAAACGUGUACAUCAUUCCACCACGUGCCAUCUUUGUCAUACUGCAAAGCUGUCAACCACUUCUCAUCAGCCGCACGAUUCAAUUUGUCACAAAAGAUUUGACGCCAUUUGAAACGCGAAAUGAGGCAUUUCGGCUGCUGCUAUUCACAUUCAUCAUUUACACUGGCAUGGCGAUUUUCGAUGGGAUAUAUCAACGCCUACUUGCACGCAUCGAACGCAUUUCGCGGUUAGGUCUCGUAGGCAUUAUCUACAGUGAUUCCCUCACGCUCAAGGAUGGUGUCUUUGAUGAAACUGCCGCAGUGACGCUCAUGAGCACCGAUGCCGAAGAUGCUGCGGGCUUCCCCAGUCUCUUUCAUAAUAUAUGGUCGACGGUCUUGGAAUUAUGCAUCGGAACAUACUUGCUCGCCGAUGAGAUGGGCUGGGCCUGCAUAGCACCUCCUCUCGUGGUGAUAGCCACAUCUCGCAUCGUUAAAUACUUGACAGAUGAUAUCAAUGAACGGUACAUGGCGUUCAGCCAGGCCACCCAGACGCGAAUAUCUGCGACAAAAGCUGUCCUAGACUCCAUGAAAAAUAUAAAGAUGAUGGGUCUCGUGGAAAAGACAGAAUCCAGACUUCAGUCUAGCCGAGAGAACGAACUUGAAGAAUUCACUGGGUUUUACCGGCUCAUGGUGGCAUAUUUCUGCAGCUCCGUUGGGUUGAACCUUUUUAGUCCCGCCAUAACGCUCAUUUUUUACGCCGCUCAAGCACAAUUUCGGGACCACAGAUUCCUUGAUGUGGAAAUGAUAUUUACUUCUAUUGCCAUCAUUGCCUUAGUUACCACCCCAGCCAAUACGCUCUUUGGUGUCAUGCCGGAAGCGGCCUCCAUCAUGGCAUCCUUCGAACGCAUCCAGCAGCAUCUUCUUACGCCACCGUUGCAUGACAAGAGAGAAAUAUCGAUGCAAGAAAGUAAUGGCGACGGUGUUAUGCUAGUACCAGGGCCUCAUAGAUCCUCCAGCGUUGCUGCUGUGGAGUUUCACAACGCCACUAUUCGCCCAGCAUCUGCAGCGGACCCUGUCCUGCAUAGCAUCAACACCAAAUGCAACAAAGGCGAUAUCGUUGUAGUCGCAGGUGCGGUUGGUGUCGGUAAGACAACCCUCGCGAAGGCAGUAUUGGGCGACCUCCCGCAAGAUUCAGGCGCGAUAUACAUGGACAGCUGGGCGCUUGCAUACUGCUCGCAGACGCCGUGGCUCACCAAUGGUACAAUAAAAGAGGUGAUAUGCGGCCCGUAUCACCAAGGCAGUGUGAGAGAGGAUAAGAAAUAUAGGAAUGUUGUGCAUGUCUGCGAUUUGCAGGAAGAUAUUGACCAGAUGCCGGAUGGCGAUCAAACUGUCAUUGGCAGUCGCGGGGUAAUGCUGUCCGGCGGGCAGAGGCAGAGAGUCGCCCUGGCGCGUGCCGUCUUUGCCAAUCGGGACUUUAUCAUCCUCGACGAUGUGCUUUCUGCUCUUGAUGCGUCCACAGAGCGACACAUUAUCAACAAGCUCCUGGGACCAAAGGGGCUGUUCAAAGAACGUGGCACGACGGUUCUCCUCAUUAGUCAUGCCGCUCAGCAUUUGCCGUUGGCGGACCACAUCAUCAUCUUGGACAAGAAUGGCCGCAUUGCAGAGCAAGGUACAUGGCGAAAGCUCCGAAAUGGAUCUGGAUAUACUAGCAAGGUGAAACUCCAAGAUGUGAAAGAAGACGAUAAUGGAACAAGAGAUGGUGCCGAUUUUCGAGAAACCACGACAAGUGUGCCGGAACAGUCCGAGCAGUCCCACAACAUGAAGGACAUUACUUGCAAGGCCGGCGAUACAGUCGUAUACAAGUACUAUUUCAGCGCGAUCGGGACUCGUCGUCUUCUGACCCUCGCCGGCGCCCUUACCAUCUACGCGAGCCUUCAGGGCGCCAUGCCAUACUGGCUGCGCAGGAUGGCCGAGAGCAAAGGCGAGCACAUGUGGUUCUACACCGGCAUCUAUUUUCUACUCACGUCUGCAGCCUUCCUUGCCGUCACCAGCGCAGUCAGCACCAUCUUCCUCAUCAUUGCGCCACACGCCGGCAGCACGCUGCAUGCCCGUCUCCUCCGCGCCGUCAUGCACGCGCCGCAGUCCUUCUUUUCCACGACGGCCACCGGCACCACUCUCAACCGCUUCAGCUCGGACAUGACGAUGAUUGAUCGCUCUCUACCAUUUGCCCUGUUUCAGGUGCUUCAAGCUGUAUUUCUCCUGCUGUGCCAGUGCAUCCUACUAGCUAUUGUACAGCCGCUCAUUACAGUCACGCUGCCGUUUACAAUCGCUGCGGUGUACGUGAUACAAAAAGUGUACCUGGCGACGUCGAAGCAGUUGCGAUUUAUCGAUCUUGAGGCCCGCGCGCUCGUGAAUACGAAUUUUCUGGAGACACUGGAGGGCGUGUCGACCAUUCGGGCGUUUGGCUGGCAGCAAGCGUUUAUUGACAAAAAUGCCAGCAAGCUCGACUUAUCUAUGAGGCCGGAUUACUUACUCGUGUGCAUUCAGCGCUGGCUGGAUCUCGUCCUCGACCUCAUCAUGCCGGGCCUGGCGCUGGGUAUCAUAGGGCUUGCCAUCUAUCUCAAGGGCACCACGACGGGUGGGCAGAUCGGUAUCGCCUUGAACGUCAUCUUGAAAGCAAAUGGAUAUAUAAUCCGCCUCAUCACCGCUUUUACCAAGCUGGAGACAUCGCUCGGUGCGAUCUCCAGGCUGCGCGCAUUUGAGCAGGAGGUUCAGCCCGAGGAGAAGCCAGGCAUGGCCAAUUUGGCACCGACUUCAUGGCCCGCGAGCGGCACAGUCGAGUUUACAAACUUUUCAGCAAGCUACAAUACGUCAGCUUUAGCACUGCAGUGCAUAAACCUCUCCAUCGCGGCGGGCACGAAAGUAGGCGUUGUUGGUCGCACGGGGAGCGGCAAGUCGUCGCUGUUGUUGAGCAUGCUGCGGCUGAUCGAAGCAAGGGAAGAAGGGACGCUGAAAAUUGACGGACUUGAUAUAUACAGUUUGCCGCGGAACAUCGUCCGCUCUCGUAUCAUCACGGUGCCGCAAGACCCCAUGCUCAUCCAGACGGACAGUGUGAGACAAAAUCUCGACAUUGCUGGUGCGAACAUUUCGGACGAUGACAUGAUUGCAGUGCUUGAACGCGUGGGCCUGUGGGGAUCUUUCCUCGCGCGCAGUGCCGACGUCGUGGAUAGCUCCGACAGUAGUAGUAGCGAAGACUCUGGUUCUGAAGGCGACAACGACAACCACCACCCUACACACCCAGAAGCGACCGAAAGGCCUUUCAUCUCAGUUCUCGACUUGCCCAUGAAGAAGUUGCCCCUCUCACAGGGCCAACAACAGCUCUUUUCCCUUGCCCGCGCGCUCCUCAUGCGGCCCCUCCGCGGGCGCGUCGUGCUCCUCGACGAAGCCACCAGCAACGUCGACGCCGAGACGGACAGGGUCAUGCAGGCUAUUGUGCGGGACGAGUUUAGGAACCACACGGUGAUUACGGUGGCACAUCGGCUAGACACCGUCAUGGACAGUGACGUGGUGCUGGUGCUUUCUGGCGGUAGGUUGGUGGAGGCAGGAUCGCCACGGGAGUUGAGCGUGAAGGAUGGCGGGGCAUUCCAAGCCCUUCUUUCAGGCGAGGCAUGA